AUGUCAAACAAAUUUUCAUUGCUUGUUAUUGGUGAAACUGGAUGUGGAAAAUCUACAUUAAUUAAUACAAUAACCAAUUAUUUUUUAAAUGGAGAAAUUCCAGAUAAAAUUAAAGUUUCAAUUGGCACCAAAUUUAUAAAUUCAAAUCAAAACGUAAAGUCAAGUGAAAAUGAUUCAAAAGAUAGAACAAAAAGUCAAACUGAUCUUUGUAAUGAAUAUUCAUUUAAAAAAGACUCCAAAGAAUUUGUAUUUAUUGAUACUCCAGGUUUAUCAGAUACACGUGGUAUUAAACAAGAUGAUAUCAAUAUUGGAAAAAUUAUUGAUGCUGCAGAAAGUUGCCCAAGUUUGUCCGCUCUAUUAAUUGUAGUAAAUGGUACAGUUCCAAGAAUGACAAUUAACCUUCAAAAUGUUAUUACAAGACUCCGUGGUUCAAUUCCUGAUUCUCUUUUAAAUAAUGUUUUCAUUGUGUUUACCAACUGUCUUAGCCAUACAAGAAACUUUGAUAUUAAUUCAAUUGAAAUAAAUGUUAAUCCAGAAUAUGUAUUUCAUAUGAAUAAUACUGCAUUCAGUACUGAUCCAAAACUAUGGGACCCAACUUCAGUUGAAUCAUUAAAACUUGAAUUCAAACUUUCUUUCCAAACUUUAGAUAGAAUCCUUGAAUGUGUAACAAAGAUGUCAUCAGUUUCAACCAAAGAUUUUGGAGAAAUGAAAGCCCAUAGACACAACAUUAAAUCAAUUCUUCAUAAAGCAAAAACAGAUAUUGGAAAUCUUCAAAAGCUUCAAGAUUCUUUAUCUCAGUAUCAACAUCAAUUGGAAAAGGCAAAUAAUGAUAAAGAAUCAUUUAAAAAUUAUACAACAAAAAAUACAAUUGAAAAGUAUGAAUUAAAAGAUGCACCAUAUCAUAGUACCCUAUGUAGUACUUGUGACCAUGUUUGUCAUAAUAAAUGUGGCUUAGAAGAGCUAUCAACAAAAGGGGAUAAUGCAUUCAUAGGUUGUGUAGCAAUGAGUGGAACCAAUAAUUGCAAAAUUUGUCCUUCAAAGUGCCUUUACAAUGUUCAUUAUCAUGGAAGAAAAACAAUGGUUAAAGUUAAUAAGACAGUUGAGCAAGAACUCACAGAUAUGAAGGAAAAGUUUUUAAAAAGCUCUGAACUCUCUUCCGAAUUUUCAGGAAAAAUUCUCAAUCUUGAUUCAGCAAAGAAAUUAGCCAGUGCCACUUUGAAUAAAAUGACCGAUGAUAUUGUAAAAUCUUGUAAAGAAUUGAAAAAAAUUUGUAGUGGUUUUAAUUUAGUUGAUGAACUUCAAAUUACUUUAAAUCAAAUGGAAAUGGAAGCUAAAAACUCAACUUCAUUCGAUGCCAGAAAAUCGGCCGAUGAAAUGAUUAGAACCAUUAGAGAGAUCUGUGAUAAAUUAAAUAAAGAAGAGUCAUUAAAAACAAAAAAGAAAAACAUCACCAUUGAUGAAUCAAAAAUUAAAAAUGAUAAUUCUAAAAAACAAUACGUCGAUUCAGCUCAACAAAAACAAGAUUCAAAUCCAACUAAAGACUCAAACCAACAACAAGCCAAUUUAAAUGGUGGUAGUUUAAAAACACUAAAGUGUCCAUCUUGUAAAAAUAAUUUUGAUUUUAACAAAGACAAAUAUGAAGAACUAAAGAAACUUGGUCAACUAAUAAAAUGUAAAUCAUGUCAUACUUCAAAGAAUUCAAAUUCAAAUGUAACUGAUAAAUUAGCUAAACAAAAUGAUCCAAAGAGCAGUGAUAAAAAACUAAACUGUCCAACAUGUAAAAAUGAUUUCCAUAUCAAUAAAGAUAAAUUUAGAGAUUUAGCAAAAAAUGGUCAAACAAUAAUAUGCAAAUCAUGUAAAUCCAACAAACAAAAUGAUCCAGACAGCAGUGACAAAAAACUAAACUGUCCAACAUGUAAAAAAGAUUUCCAUAUGAAUAAAGAUAAAUUUAAAGAUUUAGCAAAAAAUGGUCAAACAAUAAUAUGUAAAUCAUGUAAAUCCAAUAAACAAGUCGAUUCAAAUUCAAAUGUAACUGAUAAAUUAGCUAAACAAAAUGAUCCAAAAAGCAGUGAUAAAAAACUAAACUGUCCAACAUGUAAAAAUGAUUUCCAAAUCAACAAAGAUAAAUUUAAAGAUUUAGCUAAAAAUGGUCAAACAAUAAUAUGUAAAUCAUGUAAAUCCAACAAACAAAAUGAUCAAAAAAGCAAUGAUAAAAAACUAAACUGUCCAAAAUGUAAAAAAGAUUUUCAAAUCGACAAAGAUAAAUUUAAACAGUUAGCUAGUAAUGGCCAAACAAUAAUAUGUAAAUCAUGUAUUAGUUCUAAGAAAUAA